AGUUGUAGACAUUUGAUUCGAACAUGUAAUUAUAAUGAAAUUGAUCCAGAACAAACAGCCGAAGAUAAAGCUCUGAGAGACAAAAUAUUAAUGGGCAUCAGAGAUCCAGUUACUAGAGAAGCUCUAUUGAGAGUGGACAAACUUACCCUACAAAAAGCCAUCGAAUUUUGUAGAACUAGUGAACAAAGUAAGAACCAAAAUUUGAAAUUUCAUACCGAAAGAAAAGAUGUAGACAUAGGAGAAGUUCGUAAAGAUAGGUACCAGGGCCAUAGAAAUUAUAAUAACUCUAGAAGUAAAGCGAAUACCAAUGAAAAAUUCAAGUGUAAAAGAUGUCAAUCAACUCAUGGGGCCAGAGAAUGUCCAGCGUAUGGAAAGAAAUGUAAGAAAUGUGGGCUUUUAAACCAUUUUGCAAAGUCGUGUAGAGUGAAGAAUAUUGAUGUCAUAGAUGAAGAUAGCAGUGAUGGAUCAGCUGAUAGUUUUGUAGGAAAUGUCAAUAAAGUAUACCAAAAUGUAAGUAGUCAAAAUAUUUGGGAUGAAAUUAUAGAAAUUGAAAACAAGAGAAUUAAAGUAAAACUUGACACAGGUGCAGAUUGUUCAGACGAAAUAGAACUGGAAGAAGCAUUACGAGCAGCUCUAGAAACUGGCUAUCGUCACAUAGACACUGCCUAUUUCUAUGACAAUGAACACAUAAUCGGCAAAAUCGUCAACGAAUUUAUAACGGAAGAAAAAUUAACGAGGGAAGAAAUUUUUAUUACCACAAAGUUGCCGAUUUUUGGAGUCCACGAAGAUCUUGUUGAAGAAUAUAUGGGGAAGUCUUUGGAAAACUUGCAAAUGGAUUACGUGGAUAUGUAUUUGGUUCAGUUUCCGGUACAUAUGAAUUACGAUGAUGGUUUGGAUAAUCCUCAGUUUGUUGAAACCGAUCAUAUUUCUCUAUGGAAGAAAAUGGAAGAACAAGUGGACGCUGGCCGGACAAAGGCUAUAGGUCUAUCAAAUUUUAAUAUAAACCAAUUAAAUAGAAUUUACAAUGAAGCUAGAAUUAAACCGGCGUGUUUGCAAAUAGAAAAUCACAUAUAUUUACAACAAAGAGAAUUAGUUUAUUAUUGCCAAGACCGCGAUAUAGUCGUUGUGGGCUAUUCUCCCUUUGGGUGUCCAAUGUUUAAUCAAUUUUUAAGCUCAAUAGGAAGAUCACAAAGAGAUAUACCAAAUUUGAUGCAAGACCCCACUGUGAUAGCGGUCGCCGAAAAAUACGAAAAGACCGCAGCCCAAAUCCUUUUACGAUUCCAACUGCAGAGAGAUAUCGUAGUGAUACCGAAGAGUGUGACACCUUCCAGAAUAGAAGAAAACUUUGAUGUAUUCGAUUUUUUGAUCAGCGAAGAAGAUAUGGAACAGCUGUUAGCUCUGGAAGUUGGUGAAGCUGCUCGUAUUGUAGAUUAUUCCGUAUUAUCUCCCAAGUUAGCAGAUCAGCUUGAAUGGCCGUGGCCUACUUUCAGUAAAGCUUCAGAAUAGCGGAAUAUAGGUUCUAAUAUAAUCAUAUAAACACAUUUAUUUUUAAGCACGUGUGACAAUAAAAGUUUCUUUCCA